AUGUGCUCGAAGCAACUGUUAAUCUAUAUAUUGUCCCGCGAGUGUCCCACGCGUGAUUCUUGCGUAAUCAUACAACUAAGGGCAGGGGCCCUACAUAAGCACUUUAAUUGUGCCCAAUUUUUAUUAGAGACUUUAAUUAAGAUGUAGGGUGGCACCGUGACAACACAUCCUCGGGAAGCGUGUAAAACACUCGGCUAGUUCAGCCAUCGGAAUUAGGCAAAAUUUCCUGGAGUCGAAAAUUGCCUUCGUUAUGAUCGAACUCGGUGGCAAUUCUACUUUUCAUACACGGCGGCAUUUUUCCCCGUAGUGUUAUGGAUUAACUGAAGAUGAAAACAAACUUAUGUAAAUCAAAAUAAAAAGAAUAUCAAGUGUAAAACUUCUCUUUUAUUUCGUAAGAAGACCAACACAAUAACUGUGUCUCUUCUUUAAAGUCCUUUAUUCCCAGAUUCUUUUUCCUUCAGAAUCUCACAGUCCGUGGUCUCCUGUUGUGCAAUCCAAACAAUCCUCUGGGAAUAGUUUAUUCAGAGAAACAGAUUCUGGAAUGUAUGGAAUUUGCUGAGCGGUAAGUACAGAAGCUUUAUUGCAGUGACUUUUAACAAGGAUAUUUAACAUUUAAGGAGCGUUUCUUUUGUAAAUCUAGAUUUGGAUUUUUAGGAUUCGGAUUUUUUUUAUUCGUGAAAGAAAUGGAACAAAUUGUGACUACCUUUUCUGUCCCACUAUACCUUUCGGUCGGGUCAAGGUAUAUGCUAGAAGGCCAGAAGCUCAAAAGGGCCGUUGAAUCCUGAUCAAGUUUCAGAUUGAAUCCGAAAAUCCAUAUGUUGAGGUGGAUUCAUCCGAUUCGAAUCUAUUUUAAGAUUUUGUUAAAUGAAACUGAAAAUCGAUAAUCGGAUUUGAAGAUCCAAAUCUGGAUUGCACUAAACUGACUAAAGGAACGCUCCCUGAUGUACCAAAGUGGAGGUGAAUAUGCAAGAAUAUUGACCGAGACGUGAAGCAUCGAUGUGAAUAUCCUUGUACUUCACCGAAACAAAAAUGACCAAGAAGUAUUUUUAAUAAAACCAAUUUACAUUGCAGCUCCCUUAAUUAAAAUAGUUUUUAUAGCAGUUUUAUUUAUUUGAAAUAGCUUGAAAUUUCAUCCAAAACUGAUUCAUAAAUUUUCCGGAAGCUCCAAGAUAUAUGUUGCAUUUGCAGGGGCCGAUUUUAUAAAAAACUUAAAUACUUUUAAAUAUCCGUUUUGUUGUUAAAUUAUGGUUACCUUUAACCACGCGCGUAAGCUGCAAAUGGGAUAUUGCCUUUCCAAAAAGAAAUUAAUUUGAUUGGAAAAUUGCACUCCUCUCUUCCACCAGUAAAUUCAUCCUGAAUGAAAACCUUUCUCCUUUAUCUUUGUAUUGGGUAUAUACUGUAUUUUGUUUUCAAACAAUAUAAAUUUCAGUGCAGAUGAAUAAAUAUAAAAAUAUAUAUGCAAUACACACUAUACACUGUAAUACCAUUCAUGACAUCUUGCUGUGCAUUUUAGACAUUCGUUGCAUAUUAUAUCAGAUGAAAUAUAUAUGUUGUCGAUCUUCAAAGAAGACGUUUCAAUGAAAUCAGCAUUAGCUGUAAAAGGGUGAGUUUUCUCUGUUUUGUUGGACUAUCCUUUAACAAUUUUAAUGGACAUUCAGGACAUAGAGGUUAAUCUACAGGAAACAUUAGGAAAUAUUAUUGGAACUUAGACAUACCACUAAGCCCACAAUUCUUGGAUAAUUUUAAGAAGAGAUUUAAUGUAUCUUUAUAGUAAAAAGCCUCUUUUUAAUAAAAUGUUUUAUUGUCAAAAUUUCUGGAUAUGAUGCUAUUACUGUGGAUGAACUUUUUAAGCAAAAAGAAAGGAGAACUAAUUCGCAAUUCAUCUAAUGACAUCAUACCCCGUCAAGUUGGUCAAGAUAACGUUUUUUGCAAUAUUAGUGAGCACUAGCAAGCGACGUUUUUGUCAACACGAACGUUACCCGAAAAUUGGUAUAACUAAUUUUGCCUGUAUUUUCCUUCAUAGUUAGAAAAAACGUUAAGAAUCUUAUGUUCUGUCAUAGGUGCAUGUUGACGAUUACCACCUAUCCCAGUCCCCCCUCGACAAUCUGACGUCGGUGUUGACAAAGACGUCGCUUCUUAACCUCGCUAAUGUCAAGUUAGUAACUUAGUUUAAUUAAAGAUGUUCAACCAAGUUAAACAAGGUUGAAAGAUAAUUUUUAAGUGUGUGUGUGUGUGUGUGUGAUAAGCGCCUUAAUUACCACUUUAUAGUUUUGCCAACGUUUCGUUGCUUCGCUACAAUUCUUAAUUGGUUGCAGGUUACAUGCCAGCACUUGUGGUGUCGUGGUCACCACGCUUGCCUUUCAAGCUAGGAGACCUGGGUUCAAUCCUUUGUCGGACCUCUACUCAAGGUUUUAAAAUAAUUGAGGAGAAAGUGCCACCUUCACAAUGACAUGAGUUAAUGAUUAGACUUUCGCGUCACAAAAGAGUGAGCUCGUAAUUGCUGCAAACAAAACAGUAUUUACAAGCUUUUGGUAAUUUUAUUCAUUAGAAAUAGUUUUAAAGAAUAUGUACCUCUACACACUAUUAAACGAAACUGUGUGGCUUUCUUUGUGCUUGGCGAAACCGCAGCUUCGUUCAGUAGCUAAAAAGAUUUCGAAAGUUCGAUAAUACACACAAGAAUUGUAUGUUAUAUUUAUUCAUUUGCUUACAAUCUGUUACAAUCGAUCCAAAAAUUUACAUGUAAUAUAAAAUCUCCUAUAUAACCUUCCAACCUAACCCUCUACUUUCCACACGCUACUUCCCUCAUGCUCUAUAAUCCAAUAUUACGUCAUUUUAUGUUGUUCUUAUACUGUACAUGAAAUGUAUCCAACAAAACACGUUACACAACAACCUUAUACAGUACAUGUAAUAAAAAUUACAUGGCACUCGUCUCUAGCCGAAACAAAACCGGAAGAAGUUUUGGUCCGGAGAUGAAUAGUGCAUGGAUAUUCUGAGCUGAGCAACCAUUAAAAUUGUGCGAAAGCACUAUUCACCUGCAGACUACAUAUCAGUAGUUCAAUUGAUAGAACACUAGUUAUUUCGCUAAUUACUUUAAUUUUCUUUAUUUUUUAGACCCAUUAAUCCUGAUUGUUUACAUAUAGUUUGGGGAUUUAGUAAGGUAAAUUUAGCCUAGCUUAACCCAUUAUAGUGCAAGACUCUCUCCUUGACGAGUAAAAUCGUCUGGCGUUAGACAGAGUAAAACAAUAAAGUAGGGCGCAUUUCGGCGCAUUGCUGCUUAAUGCGUUAAUUGCUGCUGAGCACUGCGAGGCAGCACACUGUUCCUGACUCUGCUUUCGUUUCUCCAGAGUUUAUUCGCGGCGCCAAGUCUUCGUCUAUCCAGAUAUUUUGCUCUAAUUAGCAAACGUUAAAAACUGAUGUCCAACGUAAUCAAUAAAUUCCAAUUGCAAAGGUAACCGAAAAAUAUACGGAAAUGUAGGGCAUGCGCUCUCGUGUUUUUUUUCCAUUCAGUUGCAUGAUUUGACCAUCUAAUCUUUCUGAACUAAAUUGCAUAUUGUUUGAACGAACAGCUAUAAUUGUAAAAUGUAUUUGUUUUUUAUCAAAGAUUCGUUAAAUGCCACUAGCGUUUAAGCUCUCAUUCUAGGAGAAGCAAUUGUUUUUCAUGACUAGGGAUAUACCGGGUACCACUAUCCGAUAUCUGGUAAAACAUUCUCCAGAUAUUUACCGGAUCGUACUGAAACUUUCAUUAUAACCACAAAACCGUCUGUGAAACACAAUAUCUAGUCUACUGGACAAUGACAUGUGAUAUAUUAAAACGAAUUUGCAAUUAAGUUCGUUCUCUGCUGUAUAUUGUAGUAUAUUGUAUACAGACAGUGGACUAUUUUAUGAUAACAAGUUUGUGACGUAUCGUAUCCGGUAUCUGGUUAUUGUCCAACAGACAGUAUCCAAAUAGCCCAAUGUGUGCCCAGUUUUUUUUCCCCAAUGUAUGUUUUAAUUCCCGGCCGUCAAGUUUGAGGUAGCGCUUUCCUUGCAAUAAUGACUUCUAGUAGUGUGCCCAGUCUUUUCUUCCAAUGUAUGUUUUAAUUCCCGGCCGUCAAGUUCGAGGUAGCGCUUUCUUUGCAAUAGUGACUUCUAGUAUAUUUUCUUUGCAGGACUUUGGUUUAUCUGGUAUCCGUGCUGGAGCUUUGUAUACACGCAAUCAAGAUAUCGUAGCAGCUUUACGUAAUAUUGCACCUUUCUAUUCCAUAGCUUUAUAUCUUCAGGUAUUUAUUGCAUGUUCUUUACAUUUGUAAUAACCCCAAAUAUGUUACUUUUGCCUGUAAUAUUUGGCUCAUUUUGAGAGGAAAUGUGAUAAAGAAAACCUCAUAUCAAAGUUGCCGGCAUACAUAUAUAUGCAUAUUGUGAUUAGAUGAACUUUUACCAUAAAAAACAAUGGCAAAUUUAGACGGUGAAAAGUGUGAUCAAGAUCAGCAUGUUUUACUAUUAAGUACCUUGCAUUUCUUCUCAGAAUAACACAUACAAAAAGUCCUAUAUACAUGCAUGUUAACGACUGUAUGCACAUAACGCAAACGCCUGAUAUACAAACUAAUAUAUAAACUCUAUCCUGUGAACAAAGGAAAUCAAGCAUUUGAAUUUAAUUUAUACAGUGUCGCGAAAUGCCGUUUAGUUCUAGCAAUUUCUAGUAAUAAGUAGUACUAUUGAAAAUACAUGCAUGCAGAAACCCCUCGCCUUGCUGACAAAACCAUUGUAUUUUCCGAACAUGAAGUAUUUAAAGUAGUUGUAUGGUAACACGAUAAUUUGGUUAAGAAUAUUUUUACAAAUGAAAAUCUCCUAAAAAUAUCACUUUUAAUUACAAAAUUUUCGAUUCCCCAAACAUAUGUUAGGUAUGUUAUUUAUUAUACGUAAUCUAAGCUUCAAUUUAAGGUAAAAUUCAACCUCAAACGCUUCACAAGACGUUUUAAAAUGUUCUUUAUAAGACUAAACUGCCUUUAUCGAAAAACUUCGAGUUUGAAAUAAAAUGAUUUCAAAUCUCGCAUUCAAACAACUUUGCUUUCUUUUUAUUUAAAAUUUUUAAUAUAUAAUAAAAAAGGGUAAUCACUAAAUCCAUAGUAGGCCCUAUGUAUCCAUAUUAUUUCGAUACUAUAUCCAUAUAGUAUGGAAAUAUACAAUUAUUAUGGAUAAUCAAAAAUCUAUUCUAUUUCGAAUAAGGGUCCAUACAAUUUCCAUUCUAUGGAUUUUCAAAUUUUUUUCCAGUGAUUAUUGAUGCGCACUGAUAAUCAGCUGUGUAAAAUUCUGGAACAUAGGCAUGGCAACACGAUAUUGUUUUUUGUACAAAACGGGGGAAAACAAAUGGAAGUUUGACACUUUUUAACUAAAGAACUAUCAAUUUCUGAAAUAAUAUAAAAUGGGCAUGUUAUUUUGCAUUCCAUAGGCUUUAUUUUAAUACAAAAUUCAACACGAAACGCUUCGCAAAACUUUUUUUAAAUAACUCUUCAACUUUAAUAUUACUUCUACUUUGUCUUUGAAAUUAAAUAAACUCAAAGCAUGUAUAUAGGCGCUCAUUAAAAUAAUUUGCUCUGCUUUUAUCUUGAGUUUUAUAUUAAAAAUUAAAACAAGCAAACAAUGAAACCUUCACAUACAAUGAAUGAAAUGAAAGCUGUAGGCUACAUGUUUUAGGCAAAAAUUAAACAAUGUAUAGUCAUACAUAAAAACAGUUAAAACAAAACUUCCGGUUUUCCUAUUCUAAACCAAUUCUUAUCGUUGAAAAUGCUUUACAUCUUAUUGUGUGAAAUUAUUUUUCUAAGCUUUCUUACAUGUUUUUUUUUAUCGUUGCUUCGUCCACCACAGGCCAACAGCUACAGUAUAUCUUUGAGGUCAGUGAGGAUAACCACCUGCGCACUAUGAAACUAGCCAUGCGCCCGCAAUUGUUGAUGAACUUUAGAUUUCGCUGAUGCUUUCCUAGAUAUAAAUAGCCGUGCGGAAUUAGCACAAUGGUGCAUAGAAAGACCAAACUUUAUCAUUUCAAACAGCCAUUUACGCCCGCUUAAAUAAUCAAUAAUAAGUUGUAGACAAAUUCCAAGUUGAGUUAAUUGCAUAUUCAUUGUUAUUUUUCUCUACACGACAGGCAAUGUUAGAAAAUCUCGUCAAUGAUUAUGGUAUGUCACUUUUAUAAUGUGAACUUUGAUAAUGUAAACCAGUCUUUGGUGUUGUCCCAGUCAGUAAAAUAAGCGUUCUCUAAUUAUCAUUUCGACAGUAUAUGGUUGAGCGAUUCGACGAGAUGAUGCCAUUGGAUGAUUCCGUCAUCGUGGCAAAAACACCUUGUCUUUACCGGACAAGUUUCCUGAUUUUAUCUGCAUUUACUUUGGUAAAUCAAACUCUAAGCUUUCUCUGCUUAUCGUGUUAACUUUUAUAUUUAUUUCGAAACCUAGUGUAAGAAAUUGAAGAAUUUAUGGAGUUUCCGAAAUUGGUGACUUAUUAUACGUGUCAGAAACACUGAAAUUCUUUCAUGGCAUGAAUAUCGUACAUCAUUGAGUUAGUGGUUUUCACUCAAUUUGAUUGGUUGUUCAACUCCGGAUACCCUUGCGUUAUUUACCUCCAAAAAACAAAAUAGCUUCCCUUUUCGUUCUGGUUAUACAGACGAGCAAGUUUUUGUACUAAACGAAUCUGGCGUUUCGCCAAACAAGAAAGCCACAAAAUGUUGUUUAAUAGUGCAUGUGUAUAGAGGUAUUCUUGAAAGCUGUUUCUAAUGAAUAAAAUCAUUAAAAGCGUGUAAAUACUGUUUUGUUUACAACUAUUACAGGAGCUGAAAUACAAACUGUUUUAAAAAAUAUUAUUUUCGUUUGUUGGUCAUUUUCAUUUUGAUAUUGUAUAUGCUAAAACAAUAAUUUUCCUCAGUGUAUGUGAACAUGCAAGGAUAUUCAUCUCAACGCUUAUUGCACUAUUCACCUCCACUUCGGUGAUUACUGGCUAAUUACUGAAUCUUUUUACCCUGUAUGGAUCAUGCAAGCAAAAUGAAAAUACCCUUGUGUAUAACAACUUCCAGUUAGAAUCUUUUGCUAGUUCAGUCAAUGCUAUUUUCCUCCUAACUUCAUAGACUGGCUGGAUGAUGUUCUGAUCCCAACGAACCACAAACGACUGCUGGAAUGUCAUAAUGUUGUUACUGAAGUAUUAGAAAGAAACGAUAUUCCUGUUGUGCCAGGCUGUUCAGGUCUAUUCGUGUGGAUUGACCUGCGCAAGUAUUUAUAUCCACAGACUUUUGAAGAAGAGAAACGUCUUGCAGACAUAUUGCUUGAAAAUGGAGUUUAUAUCAAUGCCGGUCGCGUGUUUAGUUGUGGUGAACCCGGCUGGUAUAGAGUUGUUGUUGCCAGUGAUCUUGCAAUGAUUAAGAUAGGUAAGUACCUCAGCAGCAAUUAUUUAUAUCAUAUGUCAUAAGCAUGGAAACUUUUGAUGAAAUACUACCCCUGUUUUGCCCCCAAUUUUUCCCGAGCCAGCCCGGGGCGAGGGUAUACUAAUUCCGCUCGGCUACUUACAAUUACUGGGUACAGAAUAUGAGGAUAUAAAGUGCAACAUCAUCCUCCAUGCAGUAUAUAAUGGACGAGUUUCGUCGUUUAAUAUGCACAUGGCUGGUACAAACUCCUGUUUAGCAAUAACAAUUGUUUUUAUUUUGCAAAACUUCAAUUGAGAUGUGUUUGUAUUCUUACAAAAUUGCAAAACGUUCUUCUGGAUUUGGUUCAACUUGAAACAAUCUUGCAGUUUGAUGAUUUAGUGGUUUCCAACCGUGAAACAAAGGCAUAAACACGAAUCAGACGAAGAUGAACCUGAUGAUUUUAAUAAUUUAGUCGUUGUCUUGACUAUGUUUGGGAAAGUGUACUUGCUUUGUGCCGUCGAUUUCAUUCAUAUCUCCGAAAUAUUCAAGCCAUUCUUGUUUCUAUGUAAUUUGCUUGAAAACACGGUAAAAUAUACCCCAGACAAGCUUUUACUUCAAUUAGAUUUCGGUCAAGCCACAUUUGCUGUAGGUAAAAGGCCAUUAUAAACACACAUAAAAAACCAAUGCGCUGGAUGAAUUGUCCCAAAUGAACAAUAAUAAUCGCUCGUGCAAUUACAUGUGAAUACCUUGUAUUUCUCGGCAAAGCCGGAGAUUUUUUUAAUUCUCUAGCACCCGUUUCACAGCUAAGUUUCUAAACGUAGCUACAUUCUAUGUAAAAAAUAUUUUAAUAUUACCAUGGCAUAACCACUAAUUGGUUUCAUUUUCAAUCAUGAAAUAGCCUACUUCAUGUUCAAGAAGCAGUGUUUUGGAAUUAGCUAUAUAGUUCAUUCGCCAAAAAACGUUUAGGGGUUGCUGCAUGCAUGUAUAUCUAAUUUUCACUAAUGAUUAAUAGUGAUGACUAAUAGUAUAUCUAAUUUUCACUAAUGAUUAAUAGUUAGUAUUGAUAAAAACAUAAUGCACUGGAUGAAUUGAUAGGUGAAUCAAUAAUAGGACUAACCUCUAGAUCCUUCUGCAGGCCUAUUAUGUAUUUAUUAAUUUAAGGUAUCCUGAAUGAAUAUUUUGAUUGAUUGAUUGAUAGUGAUUACUAUAACAGUAAUUACUGCCACUGAUCAUUGACAGUGGAUGAUCAUUGACGUUGAUUGCAGAGUAUAAUCGUUACCGUUAAUUAUAGUUCUUCUUGUCAAUCACCGAUAUGAGUUUAUUGUCAUAAAUUUUUGUCAGUGAUGCAAUCUGGUGACUAAUCCCUAAAAUUUCCAUAAUCCGUUUGUAGGUAUUGAAAGAGUUGUUAAUACCUUGAAAAAGCUGAAAGACAAGCAAACAAGUUAG